GGGAAAAUGCGAAGUGAUGUGAAAGUAGCACUAACAAAAUCUCAGGAUUGUAAAGUUUCGCAAGGACUGGGUUUUGGGGAGAAGUAUGAAGAUUUACAGGACAGAGGAAUGGAUGUACCGGACUAUGGCACAAGGAACAACCAGGAUAGCGGGGAAUCCAAGCAGCCUAUGCCUGCCUCACCAACAUACGGGGAAGAAACCUACACGAUACAAGAAGCCAUUGAUGCCAUUGGAUUUGGGAAAUUCCAGAUAAAACUCUCCAUGCUUGCAGGAUUGGCCUGGAUGGCAGACGCCAUGGAAAUGAUGAUCCUCAGCAUACUGUCCCCAGCCCUACAUUGUGACUGGCAGCUGCCCACAUGGAAACAGGCACUCAUCACCACGGUGGUGUUUGCAGGUAUGAUGGUGAGCUCAGGACUAUGGGGCAGUAUAUGUGACAAGUAUGGCAGGAAGGCUGAGUUGAUUAUGUCCAGUGCUUUCACGUUUUACUUCGGCAUACUGAGUGCUUUUUCCCCCACCUUCAUAUGGAUGCUGAUCCUCCGAGGACUCGUUGGAUUUGGUAUUGGAGGAGCACCCCAGGCUGUAACUCUGUAUGCGGAGUUUCUCCCGAGUGGUUCUCGUGCCAAGUGUGUCAUCCUCAUAGAGCUGUUCUGGGCACUGGGCUCCUGUUUUGAGGUGGUACUAGCCCUUGUCAUCAUGCCCACCCUGGGAUGGCGCUGGCUGCUUAUCAUGUCAGCCUUUCCGCUUCUUGUCUUCAUGUUUUGUUGCUUCUGGCUCCCAGAGAGUGCUCGUUUUGAUCUCACGCGAGGGCGACACGACAGAGCCUUGGCGACCAUAGAGAAGAUAGCCCAAGAUAAUGGCAAGCCCAUGCCCUUGGGGCGCCUCAGUGAUGUCAACACAUCGGGAGUUCAUAGAGGCCAAAUCAAAGAUUUAUUCAUUCCUGAGCUUAAAAGAACAACACUUUUACUGUGGAUCAUCUGGUUAGCAAAUGCGUUUGCAUAUUAUGGGAUAGUUUUGAUGACAACAGAGCUGUUUGAGUUUGGAGACAGUUGCCAUGGAGGAGGCAAUGGUAUCCCUGUGAACCCUAACCCUGCAUGCUUUCUGGACUGCAAACCUCUGACAACCAACGACUACGUGGACUUGUUGUGGACCACAUUUGCAGAGUUCCCAGGUAUCUUAAUAACAGUAUUUAUCAUAGAUAGGAUAGGCAGAAGGAAAACCAUGACAUUGGAGUUUCUGGUCUUCUCUCUGUUUGUGCUGCUAGUCAACAUCUGCUCUACCAGACCUGUGCUAACUCUCUUCUUGUUCGUGGCGAGGGGAUUCAUUUCAGGGGCGUUUCAGGCAGCCUAUGUCUAUACACCAGAGGUGUACCCCACAUCAAUCCGUGCCAUGGGACUCGGUGCCUGUAGUGGCAUGGCCAGGGUAGGAGCUAUAGUCACACCAUUCGUAGCACAGGUGUUGUUGGGUAUCUCGCCGUUCCUGGCCAUUUCUCUGUACGGGAUAGUCUGCAUCCUUGCAGCUAUAGCUGCCUUCUUCCUCCCCAUCGAGACCAUGGGCAGGGACAUGACAGACACGAGCAAGCCUCUAGAUGCUGGAAUGGUGGUUCACUAAUACUGGCUGUCGACAAUCCAAAUUUAGGGCAAUUCGCUUUAGACUUGACCAGUAUAGGAUUCUGGUUUGAUCUGGACCAGGUAGUCAACAUGGCAUCGGCAGAAACUCUGAUACUGAGACUUAAACAAAGCAUGCCUAGAUCUUGGCUUACUAUUAAUCGGUAGGAAGAGGAUGGAAGCAUUUGAUGUAUUUUUGUGCCAUGUGCAGACAUUUUUUUUGGGGAUAUACAAUGAAUGUUUCACGUGAAGGUAUAUAAUCACCAAGCCGCUAUCCAUAAAUCGCUGUUUGGGGAGCUGGCGGGUAUGUGGCUGGAUGAUCACAAAUAAAUCCAGAAGACAUUGUUGUAACGCAGCAACAACGUGUACAAUUUAUUAAUGUUAGGAACAUCCAAUACAACUCAUUGAAUGACAAGAGAUUGGCUCACUAAUGCCAACCAGGACACACUCUGGAUUUGCAUUGUGAAAGUACACAAAUCUACUAAUGUGACAGUAAGUUUCUAUCUACUUUACCCCUACUACUGAUAGAAAAUAUUGGCAUAUUCGGGUGCCAUAAUAGCCCUAUUCAUGCCAGAGCAACCAAAUAUUUUCUGUUCUUGUCAUCCUGAAAAGAUAAUUAGUAAUUAUCAGAUUUAGAGACCAGUUAAAUAAUAACGAUGAUAACAGAACCAAUUUAAUUUGAUGACGCCCUAAAGGUGGCUAAUGUAGUAGCUAACAGAAUCUCUUGCUUCUUGUGACAAAAAAAUACUACCAAAUUAUAUAUUUGAGCUUGGUUAGUUUGUGGACAUGAAAGAGUCGCAACUGAUGGUUGUUGCACACCUAAAAUCGAAAGCCGUCUUAAUCUGUCAUUACGAAUCUGUCCAUAAUAUGGACACCGAAGUAAAAAAUGAUCGAUAGUUUCUAAAACAUUGCAGUGGUUACAAAACCCAGUGGGAUGCUUUCCAAUUCUAUAGAGAUAAAAAUUCAAGGGAACGUGACCCGACUGCAAUCUCGUCAAAAAACAUUUGUUGUAACCUUCCCUGCACUGACACCCAAGCAUUUCUUACUGUAGGAAACAAACUGUAGUAAAAUCUACCUUUGGCACUAAUUUCAUAUUCCUGCUGCUACAUUUCAUAAAACUCUUUUCGAUAAACACUAGACAUUUCCGAGACAGACAUAUUUACACGGAUACCAAUAGCACUUUUCGUACAAGCUGCUUUCGCCAACCGAUCCGCCCUCUCGUUCCCUUCAAUAUUACUAUGGCCUGGAAUCCACUCAAGGCACACGUGAAUGUUCUGAGUACAGCUUUGUUAGCAUUUCUUUCAGCAUGGUUGAUCAGAGCAAAUAACAUACUUAUGGAGUCAGUAAAUAUUACACAUUUGAAGGGACGAAUUUCUUCUACAAAUUUCUGCCUUACCAAGUUAAGAUAAAGCCUUUUAUACCAAAUGAAACAUCUAGUUAGAACCUGUUUUCUUACUCAGUUGAUAAGUACCUAACACGCUCUGACACUGGCAGGUAAAAGAAAGUUAGGGAUCAGUUAUCAAAACGUCUGCCGGCGCAAGCCGUGAGAUAUUGAACAAUAAGCCUACUAGUCCAAGCCAAAUCAGGUGCAUGGCAUGGCUCAGACCUAUCAGUGGGCUGACACACAAUUACCAGAUUAUUGCAAGGGAUAUAGUAAAUAAAAUGUUGACAUUAAUUCCACCUUGGUGACAAUAUACUUGUACAAAUGUUGACAAAGUCACUGAAGGCCGGAAGAAUCCACAAUAUUGUUAUAGGGGACAGAGGUGAUUGUAGAGUUGACCCAGCUGAUCAGCCAUGCCAGUGCUGCAUGCAUGGGAAGGGGUUGGCACUAUGAACUCCCAUAAUCUUACUCUGUAUAUUGGGGCCGUCACUGGUUAGGAUGUCUAAGGUGUCACUUUUGCUGCAGAUAAUAGCUAGGCCAUUACUUCGAAUC